AUGUUUCGUCAUUUAUCUAUGCCCGAAUUGGCUAAGAUAGCGGUUUUAAUAGACGAAGAUGAAGAACAACAAGAUGUUAGACAAACAAAUAUUAAAAAAAAGGUUGAUUUGGAAUCAAUACCAGCUAAAGAAAAACUGGCUGUAUGUUUGAGGUUUUUGGGAACCGGAGAUUCUUAUCAAACUAUAGCAUUCAGUUUUCGAUUGGGUCAUUCAACUGUCCAGGGAAUUGUCUUAGAAGUAUGUGAUGCUAUUAUAUCUAAAAUGAAAAAUGAAUGCAUACCAUGUCCCAAAAAAGAAGAUUGGAUUUGCAAAAAAACGUGGAGUGGCUUAAGAGAUGCUUAUAGGAGAUCAUCCAAAAAAUUAAUAACUGUUUCUGGUCAAAAAUCUAAAUUUGUUAAGAAAUGGAAAUUUUCUGAUGAAAUGGAAUUUUUGAAAAAGCACAUGAAAGAAAGAGAAUCUAUUAGUAGUGUGAACAGGGUUAGUGAUGAUGAUGAUGCUGAGUUGUCUUAUUCAAAUAAUGAAGAAACUCGUUCGGAAUACAUGAGUGAAAAUUCAGAUGGAUCAAUUGAAGUUGGUCAAGAAGUUAUAGAGCCAUUAGCAAAUCAGAGUGUAAAAACAUCUGCACCUUCAACUAAGCAAUCAUUUCCUAAAAAAAAAUUUAAAAGAAAUGAAACGAACCCUGACUCCACUGUACCUCAAAAUGCAUCAGCUACACUUAUGAAAUUUAUUUUAGACAACAGAGACAACAAAUCGAGCGAAGCAGAUAAAAAAUUAGACGCUUUAGAUCAAUUUUUUUCUUCUAUUUGUUCAACAGUGAAACAGUUUUCUCCAUAUUUGCAACAUGUUGCUAAGAAUAAAUUUUUUUCAAUAGUAUCUGAAAUGGAAUUGGAACAAUUAAAGUAUACACAACCACAAACAUACUUGAAUACUUUUACAGAUCAACAAUUAGCUGUAGCUCAUCCAUCAGUUCAGCCAUACAACUUUCAAAACAUCGAAACAUCAACAGACAAUGUAUCUCAAUUUUAUAGCUCAGUACCUACUACUUCUUCUUCAACUGGUACCUAUUUUCAAACAAGUACAGAAGAAAAUAUUUAA